CUUCUAUAAAGUUAGUGUCAAGAUAGUAAUAAUAGAUACCACCAGGAUCGCUACCGUCGACCGAACAAGUUACAUUAAGUGAAGUAAUUCAGUGAGAGAACACGUGUGUAACAAUGCGGUGGUAUCUUUACCUCAUUCUGUAUUCUAUCAGUAAAAUAAAUCAGUGCUUUAUGGAAGAUGGUAAAAGAUCGAUCAAAAUGGCUUUGUUAGCACCAGGCGACAUUACUUAUCCGUUCUCUAUACAGAAAAUAUUACCUUCUAUCCUUUAUGCGGUACGUACGUUGGAGAAACAAGGGCACGAGGGCAUAUUGAACGAUAGAAAAAUUGAAGUACUACACAGGGAUACGCAAUGCUCUUCAACUUACGGACCACUAGCAGCAUUUGAUUUGUAUAACGGAGCGAGUGCUGACGUAUUUUUAGGACCUUUGUGUCCUUACGUCUUAGCACCGGUAGCACGUUAUAGCACAGUUUGGGAUGUGCCACUUCUAACAUCGGCCGGUGAGAAUGACAAUUUCGAUUUUAAGGAACCUCAUUACAGGUUAUUGACUAGAAUGAACGGUUCAUAUUCUCAAAUUGGUCAAAUAUUCCUUCAAGUAUUACAAAAGUUUAAUUGGACUGUUGCUGCUUUACUCUUCCACAAUUAUCAAGACAGGCAAAAGGGACAUUCUAAUUGUUAUUUUACUUUGGGCGCCGUUUUUACUUCUUUGGGAAGGAAUGCUUAUCAUCACGGAUUCGACGAAACCGAUCCCGAUAUUGAUUAUUACGGAUUAUUAAAUGCUGUAUCUAAAAACGCAAGAAUCAUAUUAAUAUGUGCCUCUUCAAAUGCUGUCAGAGAAAUUCUGUUGGCAGCAUACGAGUUAGAAAUGGUAAACAGUGGAGAAUACGUAUUUUUUAAUAUUGAACUAUUUACCAGUGAAAAAGAAAAUCGACGACCUUGGUAUCGUCCAGAUGACACAGCAGAAAGAAAUCUGAAAGCAAGGAAUGCUUACGAGGCUCUUCUUACAGUAACAGCGAGAAUACCAGAUUCUACUGAAUAUAAAGAAUUUUCUGAUGAUGUAAAAAGAAUAGCAAAAGAAGAAUUUGGAUAUAAUUAUGGACCAGAAGAGGUAAAUACUUUUGUAACAGCUUUCCACGAAGCUGUAAUUUUAUAUUCUUUGGCCUUAAACGAAACUUUAAUGGAAGGAUUUAGUAUCAAUAAUGGCUCUAUCAUAACACAGAAAAUGUGGAACAGAACUUUCGUAGGUAUAAACAUCAGUAUGAACGAAGUUCCUGGAAGAGUUAUCCAUUGGGCUGGAAAUAUGGAUCCAGAGACUGGUUUAUUCGAAGUUGUAUUAAAUUAUUACGGUGGAACUAAAGAAAUGGUAGAAGUUCCUGGAAGAGUUAUCCAUUGGGCUGGAAAUAAAAAGACACCACCUCCAGACACUCCCUUUUGUGGUUUUGAAGGAUCCAAAUGCUCUGAUAAUGAGAUCCCGGAAUAUGCCAUUGCAAGUUGUAUUCUUGCUAUAGCUGUGGUUAUAUUAUGUAUACUUUCAUUAUUUAUUUAUAGACAUUUCAAAUUAGAAGCAGAAUUAGCAUCUAUGACUUGGAGGAUAAGAUGGGAAGAUAUAAUGUUAGUCCCUAAAGGAGAUAGGAAACGUCUAGGAUCCAGAAUGAGUCUAAAUCGCAUUAGUAUUCCUAGUUCUUAUUCAGCAGAAACUGCUAUGUUAGGUGAUAUCAACAGACAAGUUUUCGUUAACACCGGUUAUUAUAAGGGAACAGUUGUAGCCAUAAAAACUAUUCAUAAAAUUCGUAUCGAAAUAUCAAGACCAUUAUUAAUGGAUUUAAAAAGAGUAAAAGAUCUACAACAUGAUCAUAUUGUGAGAUUUUUCGGAGCUUGUAUAGACCCUCCAAACUGUUGCUUAGUAACUGAAUAUUGCCCAAAAGGAAGUCUACAGGAUAUUUUAGAAAAUGAUCAAAUUAAAUUAGAUUGGAUGUUUCGUUAUUCAUUAAUGCAUGAUAUAGUAAAAGGUAUGGCAUAUCUACAUAACAGUGAAGUACGUUCUCACGGAAAUCUUAAAUCUUCAAAUUGUGUGGUUGAUAGUCGAUUUGUUUUGAAAAUUACCGAUUUUGGACUUAAUUCCUUGAGAAUUUAUGAUGAGAAUGAGAAUGAAGAUACUUAUGCAUAUUGGAGAAGGAAAUUGUGGACCGCUCCGGAAUUAUUGCGCAUGCCUACUAUACCACCGGAAGGUAGUCAGAAGGGAGACGUCUAUUCGUUUUCUAUUAUUGUGCACGAAAUUAUAGUGAGACAAGGACCUUACUACUUGGGUUCUGUAGAAAUAAGUCCAAAAGAAAUUGUUGAGAAUGUUCGAAAUGGGCAGAAACCAUCAUUAAGACCGCUUUUAGAUGAAGACAUUUGCGACGAAGAAUUGGUGCAGAUGAUUAAGAAGUGUUGGUCUGAUGAUCCGGCAGAAAGACCAGAUUUUCAAGCCUUAAAAUCUAUUAUUAGAAAACUUAACAAAAACAAUGAAAGUGGUAACAUAUUGGACAAUCUUCUUUCACGAAUGGAGCAAUACGCUAAUAACCUAGAAGCGUUGGUAGAAGAAAGAACUGCAGAUUAUUUGGAGGAAAAAAGGAAGGCAGAAGAUUUACUUUAUCAGCUUUUGCCAAAGUCUGUGGCCAGUCAAUUAAUAAGAGGAGAAUCGGUAACUGCAGAAGCAUUUGAUAGCGUUACGAUUUAUUUUAGUGAUAUUGUUGGAUUUACUGCAUUGUCUGCACAAAGCACUCCUAUGCAGGUAGUAAACUUGCUCAACGAUCUAUAUACAUGUUUUGAUUCGAUUAUCGAAAACUUUGACGUUUAUAAGGUUGAGACAAUUGGAGAUGCAUAUAUGGUAGUUUCCGGAUUACCAGUAAGAAAUGGACUCCGUCAUGCUAGAGAAAUAGCAAGAAUGUCAUUAGCAUUGUUGAAUGCUGUCAAAACAUUCCCUAUUCGACAUAAAUCGCAAGAUCAAUUAAAACUCAGAAUAGGAAUGCAUUCAGGUUCUUGCGCUGCUGGUGUCGUGGGACUGAAAAUGCCAAGGUAUUGCUUGUUUGGGGAUACUGUAAAUACUGCAUCCAGAUUGGAAUCUACCGGAUUACGUAAGUCUUUAUUCAAUUAAAUAAAAUAUAAAUUUAUGACACUUUUCUUCCAACAUUA